CUGAUGUACAUGCACUGGAUGAACACCAUGGUGGGCUACUGCGGCCCCUUCAAGUAUGAGAGCGAGUACUGCCAGAAGCUGCGCAGCUACCUGGAGGCCAACCUGGCCUGGAUGGAGGAGCAGAUGGAGAAAGGGCAGGACACCGAGUACUGGCACCAGGUGCGCCUGGCCCUGCUGCAGCUGAAGGGGCUGGAGGACAGCUACAACGGGCGCCUGGACUUCCCCAGGGGCAGGAUCACCCUGGCACCCUUUGGCUUCCUGCUGCUGCAGCUGGGGGGUGACCUGGAGGACCUGGAGUCUGCCCUGAACCGCUCCUCCCCUCAGCGUGUGCUGGGCUCGGGCUCCUGCUCGGCCCUGGUGAAGCUGCUGCCAGGCCAGCGGGACCUGCUGGUGGCCCACGACACCUGGACCUCCUACCAGGCCAUGCUGCGCAUCAUCAAGAAGUACACGCUGCCCUUCCGCGCCUCGGCCGGCGGCAAAUCCCAGAUCCCUGGGAGUGUCCAGGUGUUCUCCUCCUACCCCGGCACCAUCUUCUCCAUGGAUGACUUCUACAUCCUCAGCAGCGGGUUGGUCACGCUGGAAACCACCAUUGGCAACAACAACCCGGCCCUGUGGAAGUACCUGGAGCCCCAGGGCAGCGUGCUGGAGUGGCUGAGGAACAUCGUGGCCAACAGGCUGGCCCGUAGCGGGCCCGAGUGGGCUGCGGUGUUCCAGCGCUUCAACAGCGGCACGUACAACAACCAGUGGAUGGUGGUGGACUACAAUGCCUUCACACCGGGCAGAGCGAGCCCGCCGCCAGGCGUGCUGACCGUGCUGGAGCAGAUCCCGGGCCUGGUGGUGGUGGCUGACCAGACAAAGCUGCUGUACCAGCAGGGAUACUGGGCCAGCUACAACGUGCCGUACUUUGAGCAGGUCUUCAACACCAGUGGGAACCUGGAGCUGGUGAGGAAAUACGGUGACUGGUUCACCUAUGACAAGAACCCUCGUGCCCAGAUCUUCCGCCGGAACCAGACGCAGGUCCACGACCUGGACUCCAUGAUCCGCCUGAUGCGGUCCAACAACUACCUGCAGGACCCCCUGUCGCGGUGCAGGGGCUGUGACCCCCCCCAGAACGCCGGGCUGGUGGCAGUCAGUGGCCCCGCGUGGGAUGACGUGCCACCCUUCCGCUGGAGCACGUCCCCCUGCAGCUCCCUGCUGCACAUGGGCCACCCCGACCUCUGGACCUUCCCCCCAGUCAAGGUCCACUGGGACUGAGCAGGCGCUGGUCCUGUCCGUCCAUCUGUCCUGUGGGGGAUCCCUCUGAGGCGUUUCAGCCCUGUCAACAGGGUCCCCCCUGUUCUUUCUGCCUCUGGGGAUCCUGGCUGUGCUGCACAAGCCCAGUGUGUCCCCUCCCUGCUGUGGGGCUCUCCAGGCUCUUCCCUGGGUGCUGAUGCCUGGUUUGGGGGGCUCUCCCUGGAAAAGGGGCAUCCUGGGAGGCUGGGGCUUGCCCCCAGUGUGGACAGGAGGGCAGUGAGCUGGUUUGGCUGUGGUAAAUAAUAAAGUGCUCUGUGCUGGUGGCUGUGCUUUGCCCUCU